AUGGCGCGGGAAAGGCGGACGAGGAUCGACAUUCCCGAGGAGAUGUACCAAGAGGGCGAGAGCGGCUUGCGCUUCUACGACGUGGCGGCGGGCAAGGGCAGGCUGGCGGAGCAGGGCGACCCCGUCGUGGUGAGGGGGGGCGAGGGAAGGGGGGGGAGGGGAAGGGUGGGACGAUGGGGCGAGGGGGGAGAGAGGAGGGGGAGGAGAGACGAAAGGCACAACAUGCCAGGCGUGCAUUUUGACGUGCACUUUGACGUGACGUAUCGCAGCCUCACGGUGGUGUCCAGCCGUCAGUCCAAGCUGCUGGGCGGCAACCGCGUCAUCUCCCAGCUUUCGGCAGGCCUGCUCCCCCUUCGAAUCCCACCCCCAACCACCACGGGCUCUUCCUUUUCACUUCCUCACUGCCCCACCCCACUCCUCUUGCCACAAACGGGCCCUCUCCAAUCCGCCCCUCCUGCUCCCCUUCCCUUCUCCCCCCCUCUCCCCCCCCCCCAGCCAUACGAGUUCUCACUAGGCGCCAAGCCGGGCGCGGAGAGGAAGCGUGAGUACGCGGAGUCGGCCAACGGGCUCUUCUCCGCGCAGGCGGCUCCCAAACCGCCCCGCGCGCUCUACAGCGUGGUGGAGGGCAUGCGCGAGGGCGGCAAGCGCACAGUGAUUGUGCCGCCGGAGCAAGGUUACGGUGACAAGGGCUUCGCUGAAAUCCCUCCGGGCGCCACCAUCCAGCUCACAGUGGAGCUGCUCGAGGUUGAGGAUCUGCUGGCGUCAUUUGAUAGCAGCGCUGACGUGGUGGCGCUGAGUCAGCAGCGCACGGGGUGCUCGUGCUACCACAUCCGCAACAACUACUGCUGCUCGCAGAACCUCUGCCUUUGCUCGCCCAUGUGCUGGAACGGCCAGCAGAUGAUCUCGCUGGGGCAGCCACAGUGCGAGGCAGCGAGGGAGCACGCCCCGCCGCCCCCCAACGAGGGCAAGCCCAUCCUGCGGGCGGUGGGGUGCCACAAGGCGGUGGAGUUCAGCGAGGCGCUGCGCGUGGUCACAGACGAGGCCGUCAACUCGCUCGUGCACCUCCGGGCUGCUGGGGGAGGCGGGGGAGGAGGGGGGGAAGGAGGGGGGGAAGAGGGGGGAGAGGGGGCGGUGGAGGGGAAGGGGUGGCUGGAGACGCGGCGGCGAGUGGAGUGGCGGUUUGGGCUCACGCUGUUGCAGCGGUUUGACUACCAGGCCGUGAACGUGGCUCACUUCAUAGGCAAGGCGUGCACUCUCUUGCUGGCCACCAACGUCACGGACGUACCAGUGCUGCCAGCAGCCCUCUUGUCUUCUGCACUCCCAAUCCCCUCUUUCGUCCACCUGUCCCCCCGGCCACCAGGCAAGGCGUUCACGCUGCUGCUGGCCAACAACUUCACAGACCCGCCCGUGCUGCACCCCCUUGUGGCGCGCUUCAUGCUGCCGCGCGACGACUUCACGCUCGAACGGUACGCUACCCUGCACGGCACCCGCACAGUGAUAUCCAGUGUGCACUGCAUAUCAGUGCUGCACUCCAUCGAGUCCGCACCGGCACACGGUCCACCCAUCGGGGAAUGGUGGCGCAUGGGGGGUGGCUACGCCAUCCACGCGUUGGUGCUACAGGCGCUCAUUGAGUUUGCCCUCACGCCUCUCCUCACGCCACAGAUGCACACCUCCUCUCAGCUGUACGUGCUGUUCUUCUGCUUGCCCCCGUCUCAGCCCUUUGCUAAAUCGCUCACCUCGCUCCUCGCACCACGGAUCCCCCUCUACCCUCGUUUCCACCCUCUCCUCCCCACCACCCUCUCCUCCCCACCACCCUCUCCUCCCCACCACCCUCUCCUCCCCACCACCCUCUCCUCCCCACCACCCUCUCCUCCCCACCACCCUCUCCUCCCCACCACCCUCUCCUCCCCACCACCCUCUCCUCCCCACCACCCUCUCCUCCCCACCACCCUCUCCUCCCCACCACCCUCUCCUCCCCACCACCCUCUCCUCCCCACCACCCUCUCCUCCCCACCACCCUCUCCUCCCCACCACCCUCUCCUCCCCACCACCCUCUCCUCCCCACCACCCUCUCCUCCCCACCACCCUCUCCUCCCCACCACCCCCACCACCCCCACCACCCCCACCACCCCCACGGCCCCAUGGCAAGGCAGGCACGAGCACCGCACGUUGGGGGACGAGCCCAUGGCGAACGGGCUGGUGGAGUUUGAGGGCGCGUGGCGGCGCGCCACGGAGGAGGAGCCGCUGUGCUUCCAGCGGGUGCUGCUGCCGGGGAUACUCAAGGCUACCAGCAGUGCCACAAGCACAGCAACCUGCCUCUCACGUGCCAUCCACCCUCCCUCCCAGCAACUUGAGCUUCAAUCUCUUUGGGUUCUAUCGCCCUCCCUCUAUUCUUCCCCACAGAGCCACCUCUGCACUGCAGUGUUCCCCUCGUCACCCGCCCAGGCCGGCUACCUGCAGCGCCACCUGCGGGUGAAGCUGCGCCUGCAGCCGCCCCCCGUGGUGCUGUGGGGGCCGGAGGGCGCGCAGGGGUGGCGGGCGCGCGUGCUGUACAUCACCCGCCUGGGGGCGGAGCUCAGGCAGCGCCGCACGUUCGUGCCGGAGAGCCACGAGGCGCUGCUGCGAGUGAUGGAGGAGAUGAACAUGGAGGUGAGCAUGGCGGAGCUGAGCCAGCUGACCUUCAAGCAGCAGUUUGACGCCAUCCAGUCGGCCGACAUCAUCCUCUCCCUGCACGGCGCCGCGCUCGCCAACCCGCCGCUCUUUGCACGGCGCACCACGGCAGUGGUGGAGAUCAUGCCGUACCACGUGCUGCACGAGACCUACUACGCCAUGGCUUUAAGUGCCGGCCUCCCCUACUUCAUGAAGAUGUGCCGCCGAGGAAGCUUCCAGGCAGGGGACCGCGCUGAGGUGGACGGGCUGAGCUUGUACGACUGCACGCACGGGCAUCCCGAGUGCAAGGAGUAUUUCACGCACCGGCGGCGGGUGGAGCUCACAGAGGAGGAUUUGAGCGACCUGAGAGUGAUACUUGGCACGGCGAGGGAGGUGGUGGCGGCAGGGCGGGGGGGCAUGGGGGAGGUGGUGCGGCCGGAGGAGCUGCCAGGGUGGGCGGAGAGGCGGUUUGGGGAGCGCUGUGUGGCGCGGGAUGCCGGCCUGUUCUGCCGGAAUGACUUUGUGCGGAUAGUGGGCGGCACGGGGGAUUUCACGUGUGUGUUUUCAAGGGAUUGUGAAGGCCAGGAGCAGCCACAGUGA